ACGAGUUUCCGAAGUUAUUUUGGAGGCAGAAUCAAUUUAUUUAUUUAUUGCUAAGGUGCACACAAAACAGCCUCAGUCUUGGUUUCACUCGAAACUGACGCAGAAUCGAAAGUGGAAAUAAGCAAGAGGGCGUGCGCUUACAGUGACUCGCAACUUAUUUCCUCAACAAGAAGGACGAUGGAAGAAUAUCCCAUCGUUGUAGAGGGGGACUGGGGACCUGAACAUGCUAAAAUUGUAAAAAAUAAACUUCAGAUUCACUUUCAGAGUAAGAAGAAAUCUCAGGGAGGAGACUGCGUCGUGAAAUUUAACGACAAGAGCAACUCUGCCACGAUUCUGUUCAAGUCAUCUGACAUCCGGGAUGCAGUACUUUCACAAGAAGCGCAUGUUGUUACGAUCGAAACUCUGCAAAUUAAGUUGAAUGUUUACAAACCCAGCGAUGGACAGGAACAAGCAGACAGUACUGUGCUAAGUACUGACCAGGCCUGUGGAUAUCAGGACCCAACUCAAACUUCCCUUCAGAUUGAGUUGGAUGAGAAGAAGACAGAAGAAUCAAGUGCUGUAGUCCUUGAGAACCUUCCAGAUGAUUUUAAUGAAGAUGUAUUGACUCUUUUUGUGGAGAACAUCACCACUCUAACUAAGAAUGACUUUACUGUCGAAUUUAUACCAGAACUAAGCAAAGCAGUCGUGACCUUUAAAAAUCCCAGUGCUGCAGAAAAGUUCCUUGAAGAGAGCGAGACACAUAAAAAGUUCAAGAAGAACAAUCUAAAGGCCCGUGCACUGGAGAGAAGUACAUGUGUGCGGGUGGAGAAUCUUCCAGCUGAGGUCAACAACAAAAAAAUGCUUCUUGAACUGUAUUUUGAGAAAUUGGGUGGUCCAGUAGAUGAGGUUAUCACAAUUCCAUCAGAACAAGCAGCCAUAAUUACAUUUAAAGAGGAAGAAGCCAGAGAGAGAGUUUUGAAGCAGGAGAAUAACAUCUGUGAUGUUCCAGUUAAGAUAUAUCCUUACUUUAAAUCACUGGAUACAGUCUUGUAUGGUGGCAACAGGCCACAUUUUAAGAUUCCUGAACCCAUUACAGUCCGUGUACAUCCUGCCAUCAGGGAGUUCCUCCUCAAGAAAGGGCAGGUUUCCUCUAUUGAAGAUAAAAUGAGUUCACACUUCUGUCUGAUUAACAUGGAUAAACCUGAUGUUUUGCUCAGUCCUGAUCCAGCAUUACUGAAACAGAAAGGAGUCAGCAGAAGACACAUUGAUGGCUGGAGUAAGAAUGCUUUAGAUGCCUUCAAGAAAAUUAUCUCAGACUACACAACAUCUGAGUGGCCGGUGUCACAUGCUUUGUGGUCUAAAGUGGAGACUGAUGUUAAAACAGUGGUGAAAGAUCAGGUUUACACAGAUAUGGAUGUCUCAAAUGGGGUUCUGACUCUGGCAGGAAUGAGCCAUGAGAUAAUUGGUCUGAAGCCCAUCAUGGAGAAAAUUUUGGAAAGAGCAACAAAUCAACUGGAGAGAGAGAAGAACAGUGUGACCGAGAACAUAGAGAUGUCUCCUGCCAUGUACUCCUUGCUUGAACAAGAUGGCCUGAAAAGUGCGAAAGUGGUUUCUCCACAAUUGCGCAUUGAGUACAAUCAAAAACUAAGCACUUUAGUUUUGUCAGGUCUUCAGACAGAAAUUCUCUUGUUCAAGAAUUGGUUCCUUGAAAAGAAAUUAAGUAUGAAAAUGAAACCAUUGAACAUCAGCCACCCAGUCCUGGAUUUCCUGAAAUCAGUUGAUUGUGAUGAAAUGUCCACAGAUCUGUUUUUAUCUCAUAGAAUAUCUGCUGUCUACACUAUUGAAAAUGGAGAUGUUGUUGUGAUUGGGAGCACAGAACAAGCACAUGCUGAAGCAGAGAAGAGGCUGAAUACAGUACUUACAUCCAAAGCCCUCCUUGUAGAAGAUCACAGUGUUCUUCAAAUGCCAGAGUGGCAGGAUCUCAAAAAACAACUACUAGAAUUUUCAACACCUCCAAAAAGAGAACUGUGUCCAUAAACG